AAGUAAAUUUUAAAAGAUGCGAUGUUUACAUCUGAUGGCCGAAAAAGGAGAUCUCAAAAAUAAAAUUUUUAAAUGAGGAAAAGGGGGGAGACAGCAAAAUAAAAUGAAUACUUUAAAAACAUUGAGAUUUGGCUUUGUCAUGUACACUGUAUCGUGUUUGUGCUUCUUUCAAAUCAGUUUUACCCGUAAGGACAUCAAAAUCGGGGCACGAGAAAGAUUAUGCUCUGAGGACGUGCUAGCUCUUCUUCAUUAUCUUCAAGCAACACCAUGCCAGGCAGCCAAUGAGACGCACAUUAUUUUACGUAAUUCGAUCGAAGAUUUGGGAAAAUGCCUUAUAUCUUGUGAAGUAACGGUCUCCAAGAAAAUAAUCGAAGUGCCUUUGUGUGUUGAACAAAACGAAUGUCCUAUAGCGUUUCAAUCUACAAUGGAUGAUCAUCAGAUUGACGUUUUCAAAGAGUUCAAAUUUUGUUGCACGGGUUCCAAAUCCUUUAACCAAAUUAGGGUUCAAGGAAAGUGCAACUACACACUAUAUAAAAUGGAAAAUUUGCAGCUAGGAGAGAGAUGUAUAUCAGAUAUGCAGUGUAAGCAUUCAAAUAUGAGGUGCCUUAAGAGUCGCUGUUCAUGUAGGACUGGGUAUAUAGAAUAUAAUGGAGGAUGCAUCAGCGAUGGAGACCUCGAGCAUUUGAUGAUACAAAAGAAUAUUCUCCAGUAUGACCAGGAAUGCGAAGAAAAUUUUCAGUGCUCUUUCUAUGGAGGUGUCUGUUCAAGAACCUGUUCCUGCAUUUCUGGCUAUGUGUAUAGUGGAAGCAAUUGCAUUGAGGUUAAACAACUAGGAGAUACCUGUGACUCCGAAGAUCAAUGUUAUCAGACUGACUAUCCAAUGGUUUGUCUGAGGAAUCGCUGUUCUUGCACUGAUGAAUUCCUUGAGAUUGACAAAAAGUGUAUCAGAGAUGACAUAGCCCUGCAAAUAGAUGAUAAAUGUAACUCGGAAAUCCAGUGCGAGAGAACGGAAAAAUCGCUUACCUGCUUAAACGGCAAAUGUACUUGUAAGAAAGACUACACUCGGCUUCAAAAUGUGUGUUUAAAAGCUGGUUUGAAGCUUCAAAUCCCAUGCAGAAUAUCUUUGCAAUGUACGGGAACCAGCAACGCAACUGUCUGUUAUGAAGGGAAAUGUGUUUGUGACUUUGGAUUCGUCCCAGUGGAAAAUAAUUGUAAAAGAAUUGAUAAAGAACCAAAAGAAUUGGAAUCUAUGGCCAAUAAGGCAGACAAAGAUAAUAAUGUAACUGCCUCAGCAGUAGGAGCAGGUAUCUCUUGCUUAAUCAUUGGUGUUCUGAUAGGUUUACUCAUCAUGUUUCUUAUUCAAAGGAAACGAUCAAGUCAAAAUGAAAGGAAUAAAAGUCCGAAAUCAGGAGAUGGCCAAGAAGUUUAUGAACCAAGAAUGCAGUCUGGGUCUGCUUCAAAGCGUGAAACUUAUGAUCAUUUAAACAAUGUCAAGAAAGAAAAUGCAAAAUUCAACAACACUAAUAAGGGAUGUAGUAUGUAUUGCGUUAUUGAACCAAGGACGGAUCCAAAAGAUGACACAGCAAAUAAACCAUCAGAAGAUGUAGGUGUAUACAAUCAUCUCUUUGAAAAGAACGACGAGGGUGAAACUGGAAAUUAUGACAAUCCUGAAACUGUCCGUGCUGCACAACAGGAAGUGAAGCUUUCGAGGGAUCACUCAGAAAAUGAUAGAUUUUUAUCAGAUGCUAUUAGAAUUUCCAACCACAAAGAUCAGGAUGAAAGUAAGGAGAAUAACGAUGAAGAUAACUACUUUGUGCUCGAAAAGGAGUGUAACCAGGUGAUCUGAAUACACCGUCAAUAUCAAUCUCAUAUUUAUAUACUAUUGUAACAGGUAUAAACCAUUUCGUUGUAAAAACAUUGUAGAA